UUCUCCAUUAGCAGGAAGGAAGGGUAGAGAAUAAGCGUCAACAGAAGCAAUUAAGCCUCUGUCUCCCUUCCGACUUAUUGCUUUCUUGGAACCCCAAAUGGGUCUCCGACUUGGGUUCAUCUUCCUCCUCCUGGGCUUUGCCCUGGUGGUGGAGUCAUUUUCCUUUGCAGAUGAUAGUUGGGAUGAUAGCCAAAUCCAGUUGGUUGAUGGCACCCAAGUGAAUGCCACCGAUGGCUUCGCUCCCUGCGACGGUGCAGUCGGUGAUUGUAUCAAUGAAGACGACGAGAUGAUGAUGGAUUCGGAGACUAACCGACGAUCACUGGCCCAACGCAGAAGGUACAUCAGCUAUGGAGCCCUGAGGAGGAACCAAGUACCAUGCAACCGUCGUGGCCGCUCAUACUACAACUGUAGGAGAGGUGGAAGGGCUAAUCCUUACAGACGUGGUUGCAGUGUCAUCACAAAGUGUCACAGGUUCACAGACUGAAGAAAUUAAUAAGUCCACAGAAGAAGAGAGGCCAAAAAAAAAAAAAAGAAAAUAGAAGAAGAAGAAGAACCAGAUAAUGUCCAUUAUUGAUCAGUAUGUAUGAAUCUUUUCAAUCUCACUCCUUUUAAUCUUACAUGAUGUGGUGUUUUCUCCCCAACAUUAUUCCCAUUAUAAUAUGUAUUAUUUUAUGAGAAAAAAAAAAAAAAAUCUCAGCAGAUAGCUAGGGUUUCUAUGGUUGCUUGCUUGCAUGCAUGCAUGCAUGAACCUCCCCUAUGUCUUCUUCCUCCUCCCAUCUACUUCUCUGCUACUGGGUGUAAUAAUUUGAAAGAGUACAAUUAAUAAGGGAACAAGAAUCCCAUAAAGCA